GACAUUCCAGACUCAACCGUCUCCAUCACACUCACGUCUCCACACUCAACCCCCACGAUCACUUUUUCUUACACCUACAUACUCUCUUUCCUCCAUCUUCACCUUCCCUUGUUCCUUCUUCCUCUAGACUCCAUGGCAAACAAAGGUAAAUCGUUUGCGGAAAUGGGGAUACUAUCUCUAUCAAACGAAGACUGUCGAUCCACCGCAAGUCUCGGUGACUAUCUUUCAUUUACAAGCAAGACAACAAUCGUGGCCGAGUACGAGUUCAUCCACCUAAGUCCUUUCCAUCAAGAAGUGAAGAAGUUAAUUAAAAAUCUUGGCUGGGAAAAGUUCUUUGAUCUCCGGAGUCGAGGAAGCACCAGUUACUGCCCGCAUGUGGUGAGGAAGUUCAACCACAAUUUAGAGCUGUCUGGUCCUUGUGAUUCUCAUCUCGUGUCGAUCUUCCUGGGACAUAGAGUCUGCUUCCAGCCUCAUCAGUUUGCUAAGAUCCUCGAUCUCCCCGCCGCAGGACACCCCAUUGAUAGCAGAAGCGAUCUUGGGCGGUUGUACGAUUUUGAGUUUGAAGUUGAACUGGCGAAACUGACGAAGGGGCGCAUCCAGGCUUCUUUCCUCCCAGAUCCUCUUCGAUUCCUCCACUAGAUGAUCGUCAACUGCUUCAUGCCAAGGUACCGUGGUCAUUCGAUUAUUCGUAAACUUGACCUGUUUAUCCUUGUGCAAGCUCAAAGAGGUGUUCCUGUUAACCUCGCAUCUCUCAUGUGCCUGAACAUGGUUGAGGCUGCUCCUAGAGGGGAAAACUGGUACACUGCCUUUCUAUAUGCCACCUUCUUGACCACCUUUCUUGAAAGGGUUGGGAUGGAUAUGGGGGUUUAUGUUAAGGAGGACCAGUGCGCCUAUUUGCCAGUGUACCGUAUCGCCGAAUUGACCAAUACUUUUAUUGACCUUCGGCAUUCGGAGCAUGAAGAGACCCCUGAGGCAUCCUCAAGCAAACGUCCUCGGCUUACAUGAGAGUCGAUUGAUGCAGGGCGGGGUGGAGCGUUGGAGCGGCAAAGGGGCCAACAAUGGAUGUCUUUUGUUAAGAAGUUUACUAAGGCUUUGUUGGUGUUUUUUUUCCAGUCUUUUUCUCCAGCACUCAACACUGUCAGGUACUGAGGGGAGCCAGUACAUCAUCUGACUAGGAAAGUCUCCCAUUUUUUAAUUGUCCAGACAAAUAUUUUUCUAUGCAUGCAGUAUUUUGUGAAUUUGCCAUGGCUAAUUUCCCUAAGACAGGUGACGAGAUGCAGUAAUGGUCAUCUCCAAUGGUGCAAUUUUUGUGACUUGCAAGAUGAUGUGGCAAGGAGGUGCAAUUGCAUCCUACACUUGCUAUGAUGUGAGAAGCUAUUGCAAGGGUGCAAAUUUGCUUGCAAUUGAAAUUGGCCCACAAGUGGGGACUAUUGAUGAAAUUGUAAUGUUUUCUCAAAAUUAUAGAAGUGGAAGUAGGGACUACCUAUGAAAUUGCAAAUGAAUUUCAUUGGGGGAG